AUGUCGCCGGAGAGCUGCAACUCCCGCCACUUCUCAUGGCUGGUGAAAUCCUGCCUCCCAAAUCCCACCCACCACCACUCCCCUUCCAAAUCCUUCCACCACCCCAUCUCCGCCGCCUCCUUCACCGCCGCCGCAGCCACCACCACGCUCUCCUCACUCCCCGACGACCUCCUCCUCGACUGCCUCACCCGCGUCCCUUCCGCCUCCCUCCCCGCCCUCUCCGCCGUCUGCCGCCGCUGGUCUCACCUCCUCGACUCCGCCUCCUUCCUCUCCCUCCGCCGCCUCCGCGGCCUCCUCCGCCCCACCCUCUUCGCCUUCUCCUCCUCCGAUUCCCCGACCCUCUUCGCCGCCUCCCUCCUCCUCCACCGCUCCCCCGCCGAUUGGAAUGUUGAAGCAUCUUCUCUCCCAUUCCAUUCAUUCUCCCCCGAAAUUUUCGCCCACGCCAGAUUGGCCGCAGUGGGGCCCACCAUUUACAUCCUCGCCCGGGCCCACACUUUAUGCUACCACAUCUGGACCGACACCGUUUCCUCCAUCUCCCCCAUGGUUUUCCCCCGGAAGAAAUUCGCCUCCGCCGUCGUAUCGGGGAAGAUCUACGUCGCCGGAGGCGGCGUGUCCACUCGGACGCCUGCCGUGGCUGCCGUCGAGGAGUACGAUCCGGUUAACGACGCGUGGCGCGUGGUUUCCCAAGCGCCACGGAGGAGGUACGGGUGCGUCGGCGCGGCGGUGGACGGGGUGUUCUACGUGAUCGGCGGGCUGAAGAUCGCCGGAGCCGAGGCCGCCUCGACGCGCGCUGGGGCGGAGGCGUGCGCGUACGCGAGCUCGAUGGACCUGUACGACGUGGAGACGCGCGCGUGGCUGCGGAGCCGGGCGGUGCCCGGCGGCGGGUGCGUGGUGGCGGCCUGCGCGGCGGGGGGGUUCGUGUACGUUCUGGCGAGCCACGCGGUGGAGCUGUCGUUCUGGCGGUUCGACGCGCGGAGGGGUGGCGGCGGCGGUGGGUUCGGGGAGUGGAGCAGGGUGAAGAGCCCGCCGGUGCCGCAGCAGAUGAGGCUGGUGGACGGGACGGUGAGGUUCGGCUGCGUGGCGGUGGAGGAGAAGGUGGUGAUGGUGCAGGUGAUUGGUUCGAUCGACGACUUGCUGCGGCGGAGCGGGAGGAGCGGGAGGGGGUUGAGGGAAGGGUUGGUGCUGGUCUACGAUCCGGCAGGGAAUGGCGGCGGUGGGGAGUGGAGCAGGGGGCCGGACUUGCCGGAGGUGAUACGACGCGCCGCCUGUGUGACGGUGGAAUGCUGA